GGCUGAAGAGUAUGGAGAGAAGGAGGCAGUGGGGCAUAUUGUUGUCAGAGGUGGAAAGCUAGUGGUAACUCCAGAGAGAUAUGAUGAUCAUCUCGAAGAACUGCUCACCGAAAACCCAAAGAACUGUCUUCCGCGGCAUGUCUGCCAUCGCCUUUGUGAUGCUCAUAAUUUCUACUCUCACUCCUUUACUGCUCUGGUACCGGUUUCAAGAAGGCUACCUUCUAAGGGGAUUGUGGAACUUCUGUGAUCGGAAUGGUUGUAAUGAGCUCUUUGACCCUGGCACUUUCUUAGAUGCUGCCCAGGCCCUUUCUAUAGUAGCUGAUAUUUCUGGUUUGAUUGCUUUGCUUUCGAUGUGGGAAGUGCUUAAUUGCAUUACGGAUUGGAACGUCAACCUAGAUGAAAACUUCACUUCAUCUGUGGCUAACUUCAUCACAGGAAUCUUUCUUUUCUGCACUUUGCUGAUUACAUUCAUCAAGCUUAGGACGAUAGUAGACAUACACGGCAAUCGUCUAAUACCAUUCUGUGGUUUCUACUUCGGUUGCUUGGCUUGUAUUCUAAGCUUCAUCUUAGGUGUAUACAGCCUACAACAGUGCAAGAACACCGACUUUGAAGAACAAAAGUUAAACCGUGAAAUAACGCUAGAAGAGAUUGGAGCAGAUGACUCACCAAGUUGCAGUAAUCUUGCCAUGUAAUCUAUGGGCCAUUACAUUAUGUACAGUCACAGACACUUCUGUGUGUGAGCUAUAAACUGUUCAAGGAACAAGAUUCAACAGAUAACAGACAUCUUGAAUGGUGCUGUCAUUUAACCAGAAGCUAUUUCGUCUGUGGAAAGGAUAUCUGUUUCCAAUGCAACACUGUGUUGUACUGAUCCUACCUUUUUGAACGAUUGGAUUUUCUUGCCCCUUUGCAAGAUAGUCUCCACCCCACCCAGCAAUACAGAAAGUUACUGCCUCGAAAGAGAAUUCAUUUUCAGGACAAAGACUGCU